AAAAAACAAACAAAAAAACAAACAAAAAAAAAAACUAUAAAACAAAAACACACAUUUCUUCACAAUUAAACAAACCCCUUUUGAUCUUUUUCACCCUUCUUCUCCUGCAUGCGUUUCUAUCUUUCUUAGGAGAAUGUUCCCGUUUCUCAGUUUCAACAUUUCAGGCCUGGACCCAAUUGCUCACUACAACAUUUUUGUGGACGUCAUCCUGGCGGAUCCAAAUCACUGGAGGUUCCAAGGAGGCAAGUGGGUGCCCUGCGGGAAGGCAGACACCAAUGUCGUAGGAAAUCGCGUUUACAUGCACCCUGACUCGCCGAACACCGGUGCGCACUGGAUGCGUCAGGAGAUCUCUUUUGGCAAAUUAAAGCUCACAAACAAUAAAGGCGCAUCCAACAACACGGCACAGAUGGUGGUCCUGCAGUCUCUGCACAAAUACCAGCCCAGGCUGCACGUGGUGGAAGUCAACGAGGACGGCACCGAGGACAGCAGCCAGCCGGGAAGAGUGCAGACUUUCACCUUCACCGAAACGCAGUUCAUCGCCGUCACCGCCUACCAGAACACUGACAUUACUCAACUGAAAAUCGACCACAACCCAUUUGCAAAAGGAUUUCGGGACAACUAUGACACCGUGUACACAGGUUGCGACAUCGACCGCCUCACUCCGUCCCCGGGCGAGUCCCCUCGGCCCCGCUACGCCGUGCCCAGCCCCUUCCUUCAGGAGCAGUUCGUCAGCUCCUACGCCAAAUCUCGCUUCCACCCCGGCGUGGCGGCGGCGGCGGACCGCGGCGUGCCCCUGGGCAACAGCUUGCAGAGCGACGACCCCCCGGUGGGCAGCCCCCCGCAGCGCUGGUUCGUCUCCCCUGCCAACAACCGACUAGACUUCGCCGAGGCCGCCGACUUCGCCGGUAACGCGGCCACCCUGCUGUCGUACGCCGCGGCCGGAGUCAAGGCGCUCCCCUGCUCCAACCGGGCCCUCGGCUACUACGCGGACCCUUCCGGCUGGGGGGGACGCACCCCUCCGCAGUACUGCGGAAAAGCCAGCUCCGUCUUCCCCUGCUGGCCCUCCAACUCCAUCGGGGGGAGGAGCAACUGCCUGGCCGACGAGGGCGACUCGGCCCCCACGCAGAGGUCGCCCGUCGGCUCGGAGGAGCUGGCCAAGGCCAAAGACAUGACCUCCGAGUCGAGCUGGAUCGAGACGCCGUCGUCCAUCAAGUCCAUCGACUCCAGCGACUCGGGCAUCUUCGAGGCGGUCAAACGGAGGCGGAUGUCGCCCUCGUCCACCCCGGUGCCGGACGCCGUGUCCCCCCUGAAGUCGGACCUCCUGAGAGAGGACAAGACCUGCUCCAAGGACAUUGGUUACUACAGCUUCUACCCUUCCACCAGGGCCAAUGUUGACAGCACGGAGAGAAAUUUCCAAAAGCAGGCACCAGAUGGCGAUACCCGCUCGGAUGCUGCUGCAGUUUUCUCCACUGCAUGGACCACAGAAACAGGGAAAAAAAUAAAUAGUCAAGAUGAACACGUGACUGACUUGGGAUUUCUCUCUCACUUGCUAAUGUUCCAUUCACUGGAUUACUCCCUUGCUGGGCUCAUCAUCAUCCUCAUACUCAUCCUCAUCAUCUCCUCCAUCACCACCCACGACACCACACGACACUGCAGAAUGGACACGCAGGACCAGGGCGUACACAUGGAGCCACUGCUACCCACGGUAAGGAGCGUUGUAAGUGACAAUGAGAGAAGUGACGAUGAAGCUGUGGUGGAUAGAGGAGGAACGCGCUCGGAGCAAAGCACCAACUUUGAGCAGGAAGAUCUUGAAGGCCACAGGACUCUGUACAUCGGGGUUCACGUUCCUUUGGGCAGCACCAGAAACCGGAGCCAUCGCAGGCACCGUCACCAUGGUAACAAACGCAAACGGAGGAGCAGGGAGCGGGCCCUCCCACUGGUGGAAGGAAGAGAGUCUCCUAUCUAUGACACUCCCUCCCAGAGGGUUCAAUUCCUCCUUGGGACGGAAGAUGAGGAUGAGGAGCACAUUCCUCACGACCUUUUCACGGAGAUGGAUGAGAUCUUCAUGAAGGAGGGAGAGGAUUCUGAAUGGCGGGAGAGCGCCAGGUGGCUGAAGUUUGAGGAGGACGUGGAAGACGGCGGAGAGCGCUGGAGUAAACCCUACGUGGCCACGCUGUCACUGCACAGCUUGUUCGAGUUGCGCAGCUGCAUCAUCAACGGCACCGUGCUGCUCGACAUGAGGGCCGGCGCCAUUGAGGAGAUUGCAGAUAUGGUGUUGGACCAUCAGGAGCUGUACUCGCCACUGGGCGACAAGCUCCGAAAGAAGGUGCAUGAAGCGCUGCUGAGGCGACACAAUCACCAGAAUCAGAAGAAGCUGGCCAAUCGCCUGCCUAUUGUACGCUCACUCGCCGACAUGGGUCGACGGACUUCAGAUGUCCACCUGGACAAGAAUGGUCAGAUGACAUCGUCCCAGUCUCAUUUAGCAGGUCCUGAUGGGAAAGGGGAUGUCACCAGAGAAAACAGCUCUAUGGACUUGAGCAAGACGGGACUUCAUUUUAUGAAAAAAAUCCCGCCGGGCGCUGAGGCGUGCAACGUUUUAGUAGGAGAGUUGGACUUUCUCAACAAGCCCGUGGUUGCCUUUGUGCGUCUUUCACCCGCCGCUCUUCUCAGUGGUCUGGCUGAGGUCCCCAUCGCCACGAGGUUUCUGUUUAUUCUCUUGGGACCUGCUGGAAGAGGCCCUCAGUACCACGAGAUCGGACGGUCCAUAGCGACGCUCAUGACAGACGAGGUUUUCCAUGACGUAGCAUAUAAAGCUAAGGACCGAAACGAUCUGAUUGCUGGGAUUGAUGAAUUCCUUGAUCAAGUGACAGUCUUGCCUCCAGGAGAGUGGGAUCCAUCCAUUAGAAUAGAACCACCUAAAAAUGUACCUUCUCAAGAGAAGAGGAAGAAAAAUGCCAAUCUACCAAAUGACUUAGCUGAGGUCAAUGAAGAGGAGCAUGAAGGUCAUGGAGGUCCUGAACUGCAACGCACGGGGAAAUGGUUUGGUGGUCUCAUUCUCGACAUCAAGCGAAAAGCCCCCCACUACCUAUCUGACUACACUGAUGCAUUCAGUUUGCAGUGCGUGGCCUCUUUCCUGUUCCUCUAUUGUGCCUGCAUGUCCCCUGUCAUCACCUUUGGAGGACUUCUGGGCGAGGCGACCGAAGGACGCAUAAGUGCAAUUGAGUCCCUGUUCGGGGCCUCGUUGACGGGAAUAGCCUAUUCCUUGUUUGCCGGGCAGCCGCUCACCAUUCUGGGCAGCACGGGCCCAGUGCUUGUAUUUGAAAAGAUACUGUUCAAAUUCUGCAAGGAGUACGACCUGUCCUAUCUGUCCCUGAGAACCUGCAUCGGUCUGUGGACGGCUUUCCUGUGCAUCGUGCUGGUGGCUACAGACGCCAGUUCCCUGGUGUGUUACAUCACUCGAUUUACGGAGGAAGCCUUCGCGUCGCUCAUAUGCAUCAUCUUCAUUUACGAGGCCUUGGAGAAACUGGUCUACUUGGGAGACUACUAUCCCUUUAACAAGAACAACAACCUGAACAAACUCAGUUUAUACUCAUGUUCAUGCGUUGAGCCUUCUGACCCCACCAAUGGCACCCUAAAAUAUUGGGAAUUCAAUAACAUCACUCCAUCUGAGAUAUACUGGGAGGCGUUGGAGGUCAAGGACUGCUUUGAAAAGCGGGGCGAGUUUGUGGGCAGCGCCUGCGGUCCAAACGGACCUUACGUCCCAGACGUUCUCUUCUGGUGCGUCAUUCUCUUCUUCUCCACCGUCUUCAUGUCCUCGUUCCUCAAGGAGUUCAAGUUCAGCAGUUACUUCCCCACAAAGGUGAGAUCCAGCAUUAGUGAUUUUGCUGUUUUCAUCACCAUCUUCACCAUGGUCCUGGUUGACUACUCCCUAGGGGUCCCCUCUCCAAAACUGAAGGUUCCAAGUGUUUUUAAGCCAACCAGAGAUGAUCGAGGCUGGUUCAUCAACCCACUGGGGCCCAACCCCUGGUGGACCGUCGUCAUCACGCUGUUUCCAGCUCUGCUGUGCACUAUCCUCAUCUUCAUGGACCAGCAGAUUACAGCUGUCAUCAUCAACAGGAAGGAGCACAAGCUUAAGAAAGGCUGCGGAUACCACUUGGAUCUGUUCAUGGUGGGCGUGAUGCUCGGCGUGUGCUCCCUGAUGGGCUUGCCGUGGUUCGUGGCAGCCACCGUCCUCUCCAUCACGCACGUCAACAGCCUGAAGUUGGAGUCGCAGUGCUCGGCGCCCGGCGAGCAGCCCAAGUUCCUGGGCAUCAGGGAGCAACGUUUCACCGGGCUCAUGAUUUUCGUGCUCAUGGGCUGCUCCGUCUUCAUGACAUCUGUGCUCAAGUUCAUUCCCAUGCCAGUGCUGUAUGGUGUAUUUCUCUAUAUGGGAGCAUCUUCUCUCCGAGGAAUACAGUUCUUUGACCGUCUCACACUGUUGGGCAUGCCAGCCAAGCACCAGCCAGAUUUCAUCUACCUGCGUCACGUACCCCUGAGGAAGGUACAUUUGUUCACUUUCAUCCAGCUCAGCUGUUUGAUUCUUCUGUGGAUCAUCAAGACCUCCAAGGCCGCCAUUGUCUUCCCCAUGAUGGUGUUGGCUCUGGUGUUCAUCAGGAAACUGAUGGACUGCAUCUUCUCCAAGAGAGAGCUGAGCUGGUUGGAUGACCUCAUGCCAGAGAGCAAGAAGAAGAAGCUGGAGGAUGCUGAGGAGGAGGAAGAACAGAGCAUCCUGGCAGAGGAUGAAGGCGUAGUGCAAGUGCCAAAGGAGGGAUGCAUAGGAUUACCCGUCAUCAACAUCACAGAUGAGAUGUCCAAAGGUUCUUUUGGAAACAGUUGGAACGCCACAAGCUAGGACAUUUGCAAAAGGGUUAACAUGUUACGGUGAACACAAAAUGAGGAUCUGUGAGGGCACAGGACAGAACAGGACAGGACAGCGGAACGUGCUUGUCUCUGAGCUGUCUUGGUGUUUUUUUUUUUAUGUUUGUUUUUUUUUAAUUUAUUCAUUUAAUUUUUUUCUAUCAGUAGCCCUUCAAAUCCUCUUGUAAUCUGUGUAAGUGAAUCAUCAUAAGAAACCAUGUGAGGAACUCUCAUUGUCUCAUGUUCAAGCUGUGUUGAGGUCAAACUGACCUUUGCAUUUAUUUUGUAUUAUAGUUUGGUUGUUUGCCUAUAUCUGUUUUUCUUAGGUGUCCUCAGAUAUUUAUAAAAAGGGACAAAAGCCAUAAUGCAUGAUGAAAGUGAUGGCAACGGUUACUGUAUGUGCAGACCAUAUUGUAACUUGUCAUACUUCUCAUACCCUAAAGUAGAUGGUUCUAUAUUUUGUGUGGUAUAAUUUAUAUAUUUGCUAAAAACAUCUAAUAUUUAAUCAAUAAACUGUAAAUAAUAUGGUAAUAGUUCACUGUUAAU